UUUGCGCGACGAAUAGAAGGUUGUGUGGGUUUUUCCUGACUGGAGUUUCCAGCAGUUUGGCUUCUGAGCCCAGGGUGUUGUAUAGGGACCUUGGCGUAGUGGCAGGACCAGGGGACCGCAGCGGCUGGGCCAGAGUCCUUUCUCGGGCAGCCCGCGGCCGGCUGUGGUAUCUUGGGAGCGAAGAGUCGUCGGUAGUGAAGAGAGAGAACUGGAUCCGGGGCUCAAGAGGAAGGAGAGUGAAGGGAUUGGGAUUGAUGGGGACGGUCGUCGUGACUGCGCGUGUAGAAGCUGGAUCUUAGAACAACGAUUCUAUGUUCUCUAAACUAUCCCGGAGAUAUUUGUGUUUCUUCUCGUGAUCUGAUUUCUAACUGUGCUAUACUGUAUAGCCUUGGAUAGCUCAGUUUUUAUUAAUCACUCAGGAAUAUAUGCUUGAGGCAAUUCCUCUGCAGCUUUACUACUUGAAACAAAAUAUAUUGCUAUAGUGCAAUGUAGCAGAUUUAUAUUUGCAGAAGAAAAAUUAAGCUGUAUUUAAAUAGCAAAACAGAGGGUUCUGGUGCCAGUCUUUACUACCUUUGCUUUAACUUUUGGCCACUGCUUUUCGCUAAGAUGAGCACCCACCCUUCCACUCCCUCUGACCCUGAGCGGCGAGUCCGGAGCGCGCUGAAGAAGGUCUUUGGGUUUGACUCUUUUAAGACGCCUUUACAGGAGAGGGCGACCAUGGCUGUAGUAAAAGGUGACAAGGAUGUCUUUGUGUGUAUGCCCACGGGGGCUGGAAAAUCCCUUUGCUAUCAGCUGCCUGCGCUGUUGGCCAAAGGCAUCACCAUUGUAAUCUCUCCUCUCCUUGCGUUGAUUCAGGAUCAGGUGGACCACUUGCUCGCCCUGAAGGUACAAGUGAGUUCUCUGAGCUCGAAGCUAUCAGUGCAGGAGAAGAAGGAGCUGCUCUCAGACCUAGAGCGAGAAAAGCCACAGACCAAGCUUCUGUACAUCACCCCAGAGAUGGCCGCUUCCUCUUCCUUCCAGCCCAUCCUGAGUUCCCUCGUGUCCCGCCACCUGCUUUCUUACUUGGUGGUGGAUGAAGCUCACUGUGUUUCCCAGUGGGGGCAUGACUUCCGUCCCGACUACUUGCGUCUAGGUGCCCUGCGCUCCCGCCUGGCACAUGCCCCGUGUGUGGCUUUGACUGCCACAGCCACCCCACAAGUGCAGGAGGAUGUGUUUGCUGCGCUGCAUUUGAAGAAACCAGUUGCUACUUUUAAGACUCCCUGCUUCCGGGCCAACCUCUUCUAUGAUGUGCAGUUCAAGGAACUGAUUUCUGAUCCUUAUGGGAACCUGAAGGACUUCUGCCUUAAAGCUCUUGGACAGAAGACUCAUAAAGGGUUGUCUGGCUGCGGCAUUGUCUACUGCAGAACUAGAGAGGCUUGUGAACAGCUGGCCAUAGAGCUCAGUAGCAGAGGUGUGAAUGCCAAGGCUUAUCACGCAGGGCUGAAGGCUUCUGAUAGGACACAAGUGCAGAAUGAGUGGAUGGAGGAGAAGGUCCCUGUAAUUGUUGCAACCAUCAGUUUUGGGAUGGGAGUAGACAAAGCCAAUGUCAGAUUUGUUGCCCACUGGAAUAUUGCCAAGUCGAUGGCUGGGUACUACCAGGAGUCUGGCCGGGCCGGCAGGGAUGGGAAGCCUUCUUGGUGUCGUCUCUAUUACUCUCGGAAUGACCGGGACCAGGUCAGCUACCUAAUCAGGAAGGAAAUAGCAAAACUCCAGGAAAAGAGGGGAAACAAAUCAUCUGAUAAAGCCACACUCUUGGCCUUCGAUGCCCUGGUGACCUUCUGUGAAGAACUGGGGUGCCGCCAUGCUGCCAUUGCCAAGUACUUUGGGGAUGCGCCACCUGCCUGCUCCAAAGGCUGUGACCACUGUCAGAACCGUGCGGCUGUGCAGAGGCAGCUGGAUGCUUUGGAGCGCAGCAGCAGCUGGAGCAAGACCUGCAUCAGGCCCUCCCAGGAAAAUGGCUUCGACCCUGAGCUGUAUGAGGGAGGCCGCAGAGGCUAUGGAGGAUUCAGCAGGUAUGAUGAAGGUUCUGGAGGCAGUGGUGAUGAGGGCAGGGAUGAGGCCCACAAGCGAGAAUGGAGUCUCUUCUAUCAGAAGCAGAUGAGCCUGCGCAAGGGCAAAGAUCCCAAGAUAGAAGAAUUCAUACCCCCAGAUGAGGACUGUCCCCUGAAAGAAGCUUCUAGCAGGAAGAUCCCCCGGCUCACUGUGAAGGCCCGAGAGCACUGUCUGGGGCUUCUGGAGGAGGCUCUGAACAGUAACUAUCAGGCUGCAGGUCACACUGAUGGAGUGGACCUUCGCACCAGGGCUGUGGAGCUGGAACACGAGACGUUUCGAAAUGCCAAGAUGGCCAACCUGUACAAGGCCAGCGUGCUGAAGAAGGUGGCUGAGAUCCACAAAGCCUCCAAGGAUGGGCAGCUGUAUGACAUGGGAGGUAGCACCAAGAGCUGCAGUGCCCGGGUGGAGCCCCCAGAGCCCAAUGAGUAUGACAUCCCACCAGCCUCCCACGUGUACUCGGUGAGCAGCGUUCUGGUGUCUUCCUCAAACCUGGGUCUAGGAAAGGCUCAGCUUCUCCUUUGCUCCCAGCUCAAAGCCAAGAGGAUGGGAGCUGGCUUCCUCAAAGGCUCCUCUCCAUUCCAGACAGCCACUGAGCUGAUGGGGAAGUCUCAGACACAGGAGCAAGCCUCCCAGCCCAUACGAGAAGGUGAGCAGGAGCCCCCCAGCCAGCUGUGUGUUCUCCAGGACGAGGACAGAAGUGAGCCCCUCCCUGGGCCAAGUGGAGAGGCCUCUGCUGGUGGUGCAUGUUGUGGGGGACCCUCCCCUGAGAAGAAAACAAAAGGCUCCUGUGGGGACAGGUCCACGGCCAAGGCCCGGGCCAACAGGAAGAAGCAGCUCCUAGCCACAGUGGCUCACAACGAUUCCCAGAGUAUUGCCCGCUUCUUCUGCCAAAGGGUGGAAAAUCCACCUUUACUUGGUUCAGCCUCAAGAGCAGAAGGUGCCAGUCCUUCCUGUGAGGGGGUGCAGGGACCUCUCAUGGCCCCAGAGAAGUGCACAGAGAAGGAAGAUGGAGCCCAGGGACAUAUAACUACCCUUAACCCAGAGAAGCAUUCCGGGGAGCAGCUAAGCACCUGCUCACUCAGAGAACAGGAGAUCCUGGAUAUACCGCCCAGUCCCCCAAAGGAGAUACAGACGGGCAAGCGGCCCAGACCUCAGCAGGAGAACCCAGAGAUCCCGGCUCAGAAGCGGCCUUGCACCUCAGCCAAGCCCUCCAUCUUAGCAGAGGGCAAGAGCAGCACCUCAGCCAGUGGUCAGGGCACCUUGAAUGCCAUAGUCCAGCACCCCUGCCAGCUCUCAGCUCCUGGCGUCUCCCUGAAGGAGGCUGCAGAUAUUGUGGUCAGGUACCUGACCCCCUUCUACAAGGAGGGCAAGUUUGCAUCCAAGGAGCUGUUUAAAGGUUUUGCCCGCCACCUUUCACACUUGCUGACUCAGAGGACCUUGACUGGGAGGAGUGUGAGGGAAGAAGCCCAGCGCCUCAUCAAGCAAUUUUUCCAUGGCUGUGUGAGGUGUGAGAGCGAAGCUGACUGGCACAGCUUGUGUGGCCCACAGAGAUGACCUGCUGCUGGCCUCACAGAGCUGGCAACCUCCCCAGACUCAUGGGCCAGCUUGGGCCUUGCUCAGAAGUAGGAAUCUGGGCAGGCCUGCUGGUGCCAGGGGCACCAUCUUUCUCAGGGUCCUUCCUCCUGCAGACUAUAGCUCACUUUGGAGAUGGUUUCAGAUGCUUCCUAAAUCAAGUCAGGGGUCAAGGGUCAGCCUGCCUUCCUGCUUGCAAAGCCUGUGGUCCUUCCUCAGAUCCUCCUUGUCUCCUAGCUCUCAUACCUGGGUUUUCUGGGUCAGAUCCCCAGGUUAGAAGGUAGCAGGUGGUGUGGCUGCUGCCAGGGGCAGAGCAGGAGUGGCCUUCCUUCUCAUACUCAACGAGUUCUGAGCCACGGGCAAGGGCCACCUAUCUAAGGUAUGAGGCCUGCUUAGGGUCUCUGCUCACCUACUUCCCUUGAGAUGCCAGCAUUUCCUCAGGUAUAGAGCUGGUGGGAAGGGUGGCAGUACACAGGCCCUAUGCCCAGCUCAGCUGCUGGUCAGGAAGGCCAGGCUUGACUGAUGUUUACAACAGGAAUAAAGUAUUGUUUGCUUGACA